GGUGUACUGACCUGUAGACACCACAUCUGUCUCUGUCCAGUGGUGUACUGACCUGUAGACACCACAUCUGUCUCUCUGUCCAGUGGUGUACUGUAUCCUACUCUGUUUGUUCAUGGUUUUUAAUGACAGUGUUUGGCAGGUUAUUAUCCACUUGCCUGUGAGGGUUGUUCUUGUUUCAACCUGCAGACUGUGUGUUUGAGCUCCUCAUUGAUCUCUGAAUCUAUUAGCCUUUAUUUUUAACCCUAAUUGUUGUAAUGAAUAUCAUUUAUUUGCUAUAAUACGUCUUACUAAUUCUGUUUUCAAUGGCUUGUAUUGAUCCCGGCUCCGUCCGGCUCCAGGGGUAGUUUGGAGGCUGUAGGUGAAUGAUAAUGUUUUGCAGACUGGUGAUGUACAUUGAAAGAGACAUCAGGCAGGCCACGCCAGGGAAGGAGCUACAAAGCAGCAAUGAAUACCUGUCAAAAUGCCUCCAUCUGCUCAUCCGUCACGUCGUGCUGCAGCUGCCAGCCAUUCUGGAUGACAUGCUGUCCGCGCUGGGCAGUAUAGUGGGCAGGAAGCAUCCCUCCACUGUUCAGGCCAAGCAGCUGAAACAGAGUGUACCUAUGAUGACUGUGGUGCUCCACCUCCUCACCUCUCAGAUAUUCAGGCCACAGGUUGUGACUGAGGAGUUUCUCUUCAAAUUUGGAGCACUGCUGAGUCACAUAACAUCUAUUGAUGCCAGUGAGACCAGUUUGGGCAGUGCAAUAGGACAAGCAGGUUCAGAGGAGCUGAUCAGGAACACUCUGUCAGCUGUGGAGGCCAUCACCCAGCACCCAGCCCUGCUGACGCCCCAUCACUGUCCUGUUGUUGAUUGCAUUCUUCCUCCACUGACUUCUCUUGCCUUCAGUAAAAAUGUGGAGUGGCGUAUCGUCAGCUUGCGUGUUCUGUCAGAGAUCACACUGCUGCUGCUGAGCCAAGAGGCCGUGGAGGAGGGAGAGGGGAGAGAGAGAGAUUGCAACUCUUCAACUGGCAGACUACUGACUCUCAUUACAGAAGCCCUUCUUCCACAGUAUGAAUCUCUCCUGUUGGAGCCAGACCCAAUCCCAGUCUACGCUCUCAAGCUGCUGGUGGCCCUCACAGAACACAGCAGCCCCGUCAACAGCCUGGUCAGAGACAGCAGGAUCCUACCUGUUGUCUUUCAAGUCAUGGCGGAGCACCAGGACAAUAUCCUGGGUGGAACCAUGCAGAAGGCCAUGGCUCUCCUCAGCAACCUGACUGGACAGAAAGACGUGGAUCUACAACCCUUCUACCAACAAGGUCUGGUGGAGGUGGUCUGCAGUGUCUUCAGCGAGGCAGCUGGCCUGUACGUGGAGAGAGAGGAGAGGCCUGGGAGAAAGAGUAGCCAUGAUCUCCUGUUGUCUCUACUGGACACUCUGCACAAUGUACUGACCAGCACAUCCAGAGUGGUGCGCAUUGCACUCCAGGGAGCUGAGUCCCAGGGAGAGACCCAGGCUGCAGAGGACCUCCUGCUCAUCAACAAACCUCUGACACAACUCACAUCCCUGCUCAUUCAGAUGCUGCCGUGUGAGGAUGUGGAGGUGUAUGAGGAGACCAGUCAGUGCCUGUCCCUGCUGAUGCAGCUGUAUGGAGGGGACAGCCCUGACUCCCUCAGCCCCCUGAACCUCCAGAGCCUCAGCCACGCGCUGCAGCUCCAGACCCAGCCUAAACAACACAGACUACUGCUCCGUAUCAUCAAACGCCUGCCUGUUGCCUUCCACAGCAGGAAUCCCUAG